AUGUUCAAAAAAUUCUCUAACGAGGAGGUAGCGGGGCAGAAUCAGCUCAAGGCGUCCGUUCAACGCAAGAUUCGGCAGUCUAUAGCCGAGGAGUACCCGAGUCUAGACCCGGUCCUGGAAGACCUGCUGCCCAAGAAAUCACCCAUCGUGGUCGCUAAAUGCCCCAACCAUGUGAGCAUAGUGGUCAUGAACGGUGUUCCGCUCUUCUUCAACGUGAGAGACGGCCCAUUCAUGCCCACACUUCGCCUGCUGCACCAAUAUCCGGACAUGAUGCGCAAGAUGCAGGUGGACAGAGGCGCCAUCAAGUUCGUCAUGUCAGGAGCCAACAUCAUGUGCCCGGGACUCACAUCCCCUGGAGGGAAGAUGGACGACGGCAUUCCAGCAGACUCCCCUGUGGCCAUAUUCGCAGAGGGCAAGGAGAACGCUCUUGCCAUUGGAUAUACCAAGAUGUCGUCAGAUGACAUUCGCAAGAUCAACAAGGGCAUUGGUGUCGACCUCAUGCAUUAUCUCAACGAUGGACUCUGGAAGAUGAAAACACUAGACUAA